UCUCGGUGUCUUUGCGAAAGCAGUAAGCCUGUUAUGGAAUAUACAAAUUAUGUUUUUCUUGUAUAACCGCCAGUCUUACUAACGGAAGGAAAUAUGGACAUAACAGAUGACCUUUUGUGCUUUAAAUUGAUCUUUGUUGUGUUUUUCUUUAAUAACUGGAAUUACGCAGACGGGCAGAUUGUUUAUUCUGUGUCGGAGGAGGUGAACAUCGGGACCACGGUAGGAAAUUUAGCAAAGAAUCUAAACCUGAAUGUACAAGACCUUGAGAGAAGAGGAUUUCAAAUCGUCACAGGGCCUAACAAAAUAUAUUUUGAUCUAAACGCAAAGAAUGGAGUUCUCUUUGUUAGAGAAAAGAUAGACAGAGAGGAGCUGUGUGGUCGGAGCUCUAAAUGCGCUUUAGAGUUGGAGGCCAUUGUUACUGCGCCAAUGAACAUAUACAGAUUUGAGGUGAAUAUUUUAGAUGUUAACGACAAUGCACCUGGAUUUCGCACCUCAAAACUAUAUCUUAAUAUUUCUGAACAGACAUACCCUGGGCAGAGAUUUGCAUUACCAAGUGCAUUCGAUCUUGAUGUUGGAGUAAAUUCAGUAAAAAGCUACAAGCUGAGCUCAAAUGAGCACUUUUCUCUGGAUGUACAGAGCGGAGGAGAGCAGAGUGUGUCUGCUGAGUUAGUGCUGCAGAAAGCUUUAGAUCGAGAGAAACAAGCGGUGAUCCAGCUCACACUGACCGCUGUAGACGGAGGGAAACCUCCAAGGUUUGGUACGACACAGAUAAUAGUUAAUGUAGUAGAUGUGAACGAUAAUAUUCCUGUGUUCGACAAGCCACUUUAUAAAGCGCAAAUAGCAGAGAAUUCACCUAUCGGUGCUUCUGUGAUCACAGUGAACGCAAAAGAUGCAGACGAGGGUCUUAAUGGCGAAGUCAUAUACUCGUUUAUAAAUCAUGAUAAUGAUAACAGUGUAAACGCUUUUUCAAUCAAUCCAGUUACUGGCGAAAUAACUGUCAAAGGCCCAGUUGAUUACGAAGAAUCUCCUGCAGUUGAGAUUCGCGUUCAGGCCGAGGACAAAGGACAAAAUCCACGAGCAUCAUAUUGUAAAGUCUUACUCGAAAUAAUUGAUGUAAAUGAUAACGUACCAGAAAUAAGUAUAUUGUCUGUGCAAAAUGAAGUGAGAGAGGAUUCGUCUCCAGGUACAAUGGUGGGAUUAAUCACAGUAAAAGAUGGCGACGCUGGUAAAAAUGGUGUCGUGCAACUUAAAAUAAAAGACUCGGUAAAAUUUAAAUUAGAGAAUACUUAUAAAAACAGAUAUUCCUUAAUGGUAGAUGGUCCUCUAGACAGAGAGCGCGCGUCCGAGUAUCACGUGACCAUCACAGCUACUGAUGAAGGGACUCCGCCUCUCUCCAGCACCAGUGUCAUUGCUGUACACGUUUCUGAUGUGAAUGACAACGCGCCGCGCUUUCCAGAGCCCGUCAUUAAUGUUUAUGUGAAAGAGAACAGUCAGAUUGGAGCUGUUAUUCAUACAGUAUCUGCUUUAGAUCCUGAUGUAGGUGAUAAUGCCCGAAUAACAUAUUCUUUACUAGAAAGCUCUAAAAGCGGCCCGGUAACAUCCAUGAUCAACAUAAACUCUGACAGUGGAGAUAUACACAGUUUACAGACGUUUAACUAUGAGGAGAUCAAAACAUUUCAGUUUAAGGUUCAGGCCACAGACUCUGGUGUUCCUCCUCUCAGCAGUAACGUGACUGUAAAUGUUUUUAUCCUGGAUGAGAAUGACAACAGUCCCGGGAUUCUCGCGCCCUAUUCCGAGCUCGGUUCCGUUAACACAGAGAACAUUCCCUAUUCUGCUGACGCGGGCUACUUUGUGGCCAAGAUCAGGGCUGUAGAUGCAGAUUCUGGUUACAAUGCGCUGCUGUCUUACCACAUCUCUGAACCCAAAGGAAACAAUCUGUUCCGAAUCGGAACCAGCAGCGGGGAGAUCAGGACUAAGAGGAGAAUGAGUGACAAUGACCUGAAAACUCACCCGUUGGUCAUUUUGGUUUGUGAUAACGGAGAGCCCUCACUGUCAGCGACUGUGUCUAUUGAUGUUGUGGUUGUUGAAAGCUCUGGUGACGUCAAGACUCCAUUCAGACAUGCGCCGAUAAAGGAGGAGAGUUUCUCGGAUUUAAAUCUGUAUUUGCUGAUCGCCAUUGUGUGUGUGUCCGUCAUCUUUUUACUGAGCCUCAUCAGUUUGAUAGCGGUAAAAUGCCACAGGACAGACGGCAGUUUGGGCAGGUACAGCGCCCCGAUGAUCACCACACACCCUGACGGGAGCUGGUCUUACUCCAAAGCUACUCAGCAGUAUGACGUGUGUUUUAGCUCGGACACACUGAAGAGUGACGUAGUGGUUUUCCCCGCGCAAUUUCCGCCUGCAGAUGCAGAACUGAUCAGCAUUAAUGGAGGAGACACUUUUACCAGAACACAAACACUCCCUAAUAAAGAGAAGGUAAGAUAUUUCAUUGCGAUUAUUUGUUUUCUUUUUGUAGAGUGGGAUUUAUAUUGUUUCCUCUCGUUGAACUGUGUUCUUGGUUAA